AUGGCUAUCAUAUCAGGGAAGUGGCUAUUUGUAGUUUCAGUUUUAGUAGUUAGCUCAUUCUUAGAGCUCACUAAUGGAGAUCAACUCACUGAUGAAUAUUCAUCUCAUGAUCCAACUCUUCGUGAGUCUUUAAGAUUUGGGAUUCCAAGAAUUAAACCUAGACCUAAGGCUCAACAUGGACAUCGUCGUCCCCUUAGUCCUCGGCCUAAGAGGCCACCUUCUCCGCCACCAGUUCAGACUCAACAUCGUCCCCCUAGUCCUCGGACUAAGAGGCCACCACGUUCUCCUCCACUUCUUCCGCCACCAGUUCAACCUCGACAUCGUCCCCCUAGUCCUCGAACUAAGAGGCCACCCCGUUCUCCUCCACUUCUUCCGCCACCAGUUCAACCUCAACAUCGUCCCCCUAGUCCUCGGACUAAGAGGCCACCCCGUUCUCCUCCAGUUUUUCCGCCACCAGUUCAACCUCAACAUCGUCCCCCUAGUCCUCGGACUAAGAGGCCACCCCGUUCUCCUCCAGUUUUUCCGCCACCAGUUCAACCUCAACAUCGUCCCCCUAGUCCUCGGACUAAGAGGCCACCCCGUUCUCCUCCAGUUUUUCCGCCACCAGUUCAACCUCAACAUCGUCCCCCUAGUCCUCGGACUAAGAGGCCACCCCGUUCUCCUCCAGUUUUUCCGCCACCAGUUCAACCUCAACAUCGUCCCCCUAGUCCUCGGACUAAGAGGCCACCACGUUCUCCUCCACUUCUUCCGCCACCAGUUCAACCUCGACAUCGUCCCCCUAGUCCUCGAACUAAGAGGCCACCCCGUUCUCCUCCACUUCUUCCGCCACCAGUUCAACCUCAACAUCGUCCCCCUAGUCCUCGGACUAAGAGGCCACCAGUACUUCCGCCAGUUGAGGAGCCACCAGUACUUCCGCCACUAGGUCAGGAUCCACCAGUUGAGGAGCCACCGGUUAUUCCGCCACCAGGUAUUCUGCCACCAGGUGAGGAGCCAUCGAUACUUCCACCACCAAUUGAGGAGCCACCAGUGCUUCCGCCACUAGGUGAUGAGCCACCAGUUGAGGAACCACCAGUGAUUCCGCCACCAGGUGAUGAGCCACCAGUUGAGGAGCCACCAGUACUUCCGCCACCAGUUGAGGAGACACCAGUGCUUCCGCCACUAGGUGAAGAUCCACCAGUUGAGGAGCCACCAGUGAUUUCGCCACCAGGUGAUGAGCCACCAGUACUUCCGCCACCAGUUGAGGAGCCACCAAUGCUUCCGCCACUAGGUGAGGAGCCACCAGUUGAGGAACCACCGGUGAUUCCGCCACCAGGUGAGGAGCCACCAAUACUUCCGCCACCAGUUGAGGAGACACCAGUGCUUACGCCACUAGGUGAAGAGCCACCAGUGCUUCCGCCACUAGGUGAGGAGCCACCAGUGAUUCCGCCACCAGUACUUCCGCCACCAAUUGAGGAGCCACCAGUACUUCCGCCACCAGUUGAAGAGACACCAGUGCUUCCGCCACUAGGUGAAGAGCCACCAGUUAUUCCGCCACCAGGUGAGGAGCCACCAGUGAUUCCACCACCAGGUGAGAAGCAACCAGCACUUCCUCCACCAGGUGAUGAGCUACCAUUGCUUUCCACCAUGUCGCUGCGAAUACAGUGA